AUGGGAAGACAUGUAGCAUGGUUAGCAGAAAAGCAAGUGGAAUUUUUCAUGCAGUAAACGAGGCUUUAUCUAUCUUUGAAAAAACAUUUUACCCAAAUCAUCCACACACAAAAAAUUACCAUUAAAUUUUAAUAAGAAAGUGCAGAAAAAUUAAAGUUUAAAUACUGUAAAUAGAUGACUUAAUUGUGGUUCAUCAUGAGGAUUUUUUAUUUGUCCAUCUGAAAACUGACAGAGCUCUUAUGUGAUACUUUUUGUGUGCAGGCUGAAAGUGAAAAGUGGCAGCAAGUGCUAAAGAUGGGAUUCUUUGUAUUUUGUCCCACUUUGAGUAAGUUAGAGUUGGGUCAUUAAAUAAGUAGUAACAAAAAUCUAGACCACUUUUCUAAAUACAAGAAUCUUUUAAAAAUGUUUAUUGCUAUGGAAUUGAUUCAUUGAACCAUAUUAGUUGAGAAUUGUGGAAAAGAGAUCUCAAGUUCCACAACAAAUAUUUUUGGUUAUUCAAAGAAAAGUAAAAACAAAAGAUAGAAAGAUCUGAGAAACAAGAUUGUGGAACAUAAUAAUAGAAAAUGUCCGUGUUUUAUACCACUAUGUCAAUAAAUGGGGAUGACCCAACUUCUGGAUCUUUCUAUUGAUGAAUUGGAAAUGAUUCUUUCAAACUUAGUGGUUUGCUAAAAUAGGUUAAGAGGAAUUAACAAGUUUCAGAAACUGAAGAACCCAAUACUAAAUAACUGACCCCAGAAACUGAACUCAUUAUAACACUUUAUAGCAAAGGAGAUAGUAUGUAUUUAUAUUAUGAAGGACCUAAAAUACUAAUGAUUUUUUUAAAAGCAAAUUAU